GCCCAAAUUUCGUAAUGGUCUAAGCAGCCCACGCGUAUAUGUUUUUUUUUUUGGGUUAAAGCUGAAGCCUUUCUAUCUGCACUGUCGUCCAUCGCCUUCAGACUUCAGUGCUCACUGUCAAAAUGAUUCGAAAAGGAUUCCGAGAAGCCAAAGCAGGUGUUCAAUUGGCUAAAUCCAUUAAUGCACAGAAGUUCUUGAAUAAAAUAGGAAUGGGCAAAGAAGACUACUAUUUCUGGAAGCAAAUCGGAAAGGCUCUGCUGUGUACCUAUACGCUAUUCGGUGUUGCUUGGCUGUACAACGAGACAUCACCUCUGGGAUGGUGGACGCUUAAGCCCAGACCCAAGGAAGAAAGAGAGUUAGCUCACCUCUAUGAACGGAGAGAAUUUCCGUACCCAGGAGACAAAGAAGCAAUGGAAGAGUUCGUUGCCAAGGGGGGCAUGAUCGGCACGGCCAUCGGUCCAAAAGGUGUUGCUGAGAUUGAUAAAGAUUCGUAUAAUUAUCAGAAGGAGAUGCAGAACAAGAAGUUUGAGCAGGAAGCUCAAAAGCUCUGGCUCAGAAUGAGAAAUGAGGUCAUUUCGGAACUUCAAGAAAAAGGCUAUGAUAUUGAGUGAACAUGCAUCCCCUUGAGUUUAUAUAUUGUCAGAAUGAUAAAUGGUGUAUUUUUCGUAUUUUAUUUUUGUUUUGAAUACACUUUUUGUAAAUUGGUUAUUUGAACAAUCUAUUGCUCUGAUGGUCCUGUUGGACGAAGGAUGGAGAUGACCCAUCUUCAUCUUAAGUCUGAACUA